GGUUUUGGGAAAUGCAAUACAUGAGCUUGACUUUACUACUUUACUUGUAAUUGAUUAAAAUCUCGUUCCAUAAUUACCGACUACUUCUCCGUAAUCCGCAUCAGAAUUUUCAUCAAAUUUCUCCGUAAUCCACUAAAACUUCACAAUGAACACCAAAGAUGUUAUUAACUCUUUCCCUGAAUCCAACCCAAAUCAGCGAAUUAAGCUCAACAUCGGUGGCAAACUCUUCGAAACCACCGUCUCAACCUUGCAAUCCGCCGCCCCUUCCUCCUUCCUCGCUUCUCUAUCCUCCACUCACUCACCAAGCUUCAUCGACCGCGACCCUGAAAUCUUCUCAUCCCUUCUCUCUCUCCUCCGCACUCACCGCCUUCCCUCCACCACCCUCCGUCACUUCUCCCUCCAUCAACUCCUUAACGAUUCCCGCUUCUACGGCCUCAAAUCUUCCUUUGUCUCCUCUCUCUCUCCUCCCCCUCUCUCCCCCUUCGACGCAUCCUUUGUCUCCUCUCUCUCUCCUCCUUCCUCCGCUGUCGUCUCCGCCUUCUCCGCCGCUGCCGCCAACUCUCUCCUUUUAGCUCAUUCUGGACAGAUCUCGUACUACGAUGGUCUAAUUCUUUCUCUCUCAUCCACCGUCCGUACCCAUCUCGAUGAUAUAUCCUCCAUCGUUUCUAUCUCUCCUGAGAUAUCGGCUGUCGGAUCAAACUCUUUUUCUGGUCUACAUUUGUAUACUAGAGAAAAACAUGCCGGGUCGUUGUACUGGAUGGAUGAUUCAGAUACAAGGGUUCAUAAAUCUCGAGUCACUUCCAUCGCUGACUCGGUGGGGAUUGACGAUGACUCGGGGAUGGCGGUGUUUGCUGCUGCGUUUGAGUGUAGACAUGGGGAGAAUGCCGUCCUUAUUGUCGAUAAAUCGACGCUAAAAGUUGUGGCGGAGAUUGGCAGGCAGUCCGGUAACUCUGCCAAAUCCACCGCUAUUAAAAGGUUAAGGUGGGUUCCGCAAGUGGGGUUGCUGGUGGGAAGUGCGGUGAAUUGGGGGGCGUUCGGGUAUUCGGGUUAUGUCCGGGUGUGGGAUCCUAGGUCUGGGGAGAUUGUAUGGGAGACGAAUGAGCCAGGUGGGGUGGUUAGGAGUAGUAGGUUGGGUGAUACGAUGGCGGAUAUUGAUGUUGAUCCAGAAGGGCUAUUUUUGGCUAAGGUGGGUUCGAAGACGGGGGACUUGGGUGUGGCUGAUUUGAGGAAAUUAGGUUCUGACUCAUGGGUGUAUUUGGAGGAUCGGAACCCAGGAUUGAGUAGGGAUUGGAAUGCUGGGGGAAGUGUGGUGGUGCAUUGUUACAAGGAAAAUGUGUUUGUUGGGAGAGAUGGGGGAUUGGAAGCUUGGUCAAGGGUGGCAGACCGAGCAGUUGGAGGAGGAGGCGAGAGAGAAUGGGGAGUGUUUAGGAGGAAUUAUGUAGAUAAGGUGGAGGACAUAAAGCGGGGGAUAAUAAGUAAGAUUGAAGGAGGUGGGAAUAGGCUCUUUGUUAGAAGGGAGAAUGUAGAAGGUAUUGAAGUUUGGGAGACUUCUUGUUCAUCUGGGGUUAAGACGGCUGUAUGAUCUUGAAAUUGGAAAGGCAUUGCGGCUUUGUGAUGAUGGAUGACUCUGGCUGCCACACCCAAUGAGCUUCGAUCCCGGAGGGUUUCAGUGAGCUUGAUGAAUUGGUUUCUCCUCCUCAUCUAGUUCAUCCCUCAGCUGGAAUGAUCAUGAUCACUAGGGCGGAUUUGAUAACUCUUGAGCAACAUUAUCAAUCGGUGCUUCCUGAUCAUUUGAAGAAAUCCAAUGAAACAUUAACUAGUGUUACUGUUCCAUUGCCCCAAAAUCAAUGUGCUGGUGUAGUGCUGAUGUUCGAGUUCGUUCUCCUACUCGUGAUGCUGGUGCUACCGGAUUAAUUUUAGAUUUGUGGAGAGCAACCUCAAUGCACCAGUAACUCGAGCUCCAGAAGUUACUGUUCCAUUGAAUUCAGAGCUCGAUACUAGUUUUGAUGGUGGUAUGGGUGCUAAUAAGCCAAAUGGACAGCCGAAAAAGGUUGAAGCUCCUGUUAAUGGGAACAAUGGAUGGUAUGACCUUUUAGGGGCAAGCUUACACCUAAAGGCACAGCUCCCUUUUGUUGCCCCUUCUUAAGAAUGGCAAACCAAUUGCUCAAUUGCAAGCCGCAGAAAUUCACGUAGGCAAUGAAAAGUGGUCUAAUGCAAUUGUUUUAUAUGUUGUUGGAUUUUAUCCUACUAUUGCUGCAAUUCAUAGAUUCAUUUCUCAACAGUGGAGCAAUUUUGAAAAACUUGAAGUGUUUUGGCAUGAUAAUGGCUAUUUUGUAAUUAAUCUAUGUUUAAUUGAUGAUAAAAAUGUUGUCCUAUGUUCUGGUCCUCACAUGAUAAAUGGUAAACCAGCCAUGGUUAAGCCACUGAUAAAUUCAAUUUUCAUGAUGAAAUAUUAAAAACAGUCCCACUUUAGGUAAGAAUUCCUAACCUUCCUUUAAACUGCUGGUCUCAGUAGAAUUGGAAGUCUUCUGGGAGGGGAAUGUACUUUCAUGAUGAAAUAUUAAGAACAGUCCCACUUUGGGUGAGAAUUCCUAGCCUUCCUUUAAACUGCUGGGGCCUGAAACUCUUAGUAGAAUUGGAAGUAUUCCAGGAGUUCCUUUAUAUGCAGAUGAAUGUACUUCUAGAUAGUCGGGGUUUCUUUUGCUAGGUUAUUGGUUGAGGUUGACAUUACCAAGCCUCUUCCUAAAUCUGUUUUGGUGGAAAGUCCAGCUGGUUGAGCUUAAGGUUCAAUUUGAAUGGUCCCCACCCUUUUGUAAAAAGUGUGAUAAAGUGGGGCAUAACUGUGAUGUUGCUUCUAAAGCUAAACCUAAGCAAGUGCCUGAUCCUGCCUAGUGAAGAAAGUUUGGGUUCAAAAAUAGCCUAGCACCUGGACUGCUACUCCUGCUCCUGGUAUUACUACUACUAAUUUUGAAGAUGACUGGAGGGUGGUGGGAAGGAAAACCAGACCUCAGCAGAUUAAUUGUCAACAUCCUGUUGUUACUAGUGCUAACACCUUCAAUGUCUUACUGCAGAAUGAGCUUGAUGACAUAGAUCCUAUCAUGGGUGAUGGUAAUCUCCCCUUCUAGGGUCAUGAUUGUUGCUUCUUGGAAUAUCAGGAGCAGAUGUAAAAAGAUUGCUUACUGCUCAUAAUAUAAAUGUGGUAGGUAUUCUGGAGACUUAGGAAGGUUUUUUUAGAAUCCUUCCUAAAAGGUGGCCUUUGGAUCUUGGUCCUUGGUUGGUGGUUGUGUGCCCUUAGGGGCUUUAGGCGUUUGGGUUUAGGCCUACGGGCUUUUUGUAUUCCUGUUUUGCUGCUUUGCAGCUCCUUUUGGUAAUAAAAUUUACUAUUUACCAAAAAAAAAGUACACGAAUCUAAAACAAAUAAAUGUUUCUUUUUAAUUGAUUUUGAUGCGUAUGUGGAGUGUUUAUACUAAAUUAAAGAGAUGCAUAUAUGUACAUGUACACUAAGGUUAAGAUAUGAGACUUUGUAUAUAUAUGUACAACAAUUAUACACUAUAAUUAACGCCUAAAUUUGGGGAUGAUGCUUCUUUCUUUUGCUGGAUCGACUUGGUCUCCUUGCAUCCAAGACAAAAUAUUUUGAUCAAUAUUAACAUAGAAUAGUUUUAGCCUUACGAAAUUUCGACAUAACGAGUAGCUUAGAAUAUAUAUAGCAUAUAUCUUUAUUCAGUAUCUGAUCUACAAUAAUAAAGAUGUAUAAAAUAACAAGUCGAGUUGAUUUCAGGUUAGGUUAAUAACAAAUCGGGUUGAAUU